GAUUCGGGACAGAGAGAUGAUGCUCCCCCUCCUCUCCCAGUCCGCUGCUCCCCUGCUCGUACCUCUCCCGUCCGCCCAUCUCCUUUACCCUUCCUCGAUCCAUCGCUGGAGCCAGAGGGGUUUUCCAAACCCUAACCCCAACCCUAGCCUCGGAUGCUCUACGCUUAGAAGGGAGCUCCGCCCCGGCUCCACUGCCUCGCACCUCUGCGAGCGAGAAGCCCUCACGCUGGAUGGGGGAUCCCUCUCCGUGAAGGAAUCCUCGUUGGAGGAGGAGCUGUGGGCUGCCGUCCGCCUGCGGGUCCGCACCUUCUACGAGUUCAAGACCGAGUCCUGCGGCAUCGAGGAUUAUACAAGGUACUUGACGGAGAGGGAAUUUGAAGCAUUGAAAGAUCGCAUUGCUGGGAAAAGGAUAGGACUUAAAAGAGUUUCCUGCAUAAAUGCCACACUGCCAAUAUCACCAUUCUUAGCCUCUGCAGAUGAAUUAUGCUCUGCAUGUAAGUUUUCUAAUAAUGGAGAGGAACGAGUAGUGGUUGGGACCUUAGAUCUUAAUCAAUGUCUUAGGCUCACAGACGAGUUGACUGGAAAGAGGCCUGAGGUACUUGGAUCUGACAUCAUGAGGGCAUAUCUGAGCAAUGUAUGUGUCGCUAAGGAGUUGCAGAGAAAUGGUUUGGGCUAUGCAUUAGUUUCCAAGUCUAAGAAAGUUGCUCGUGAAUGGGGCAUAAGUGAUCUAUAUGUUCAUGUUGCUGUCGACAAUGAAGCUGCUCAAAAGUUGUACCAGAAAAGCGGUUUUGUUUAUGAAAAUGAAGAACCUGCUUGGCAAGCAAGAUUUUUGGGUCGCCCUAGACGAUUUCUUCUUUGGGCUGAUCUUACACAAAACAACCUGUGCAAUCCUUGUUGUUCUGGACUCCACGAAGAACUAGGAUGGAGCAUGUUCGAUGAUCACCUAAUAAAGUUUGGAGUCAUCAAAGGUUGCACAGUUUUGAUUAAGAUAUCAAUGUUGUUUCUCAUGGACAAGUACACUUUGGUAAUUUAAAUGGGAAAGCUACGCUUGUCAAGAGAGCACUUUAUGUUCUCUUUGAAUCUGAGCAUUUGAGCACUAGCUGGUGAAAGUUGGGAUUAGCUUGCUGUCUCCCUUUUAGUUUUCUGAAAUCCUCCAGCAAGCUGUCUCCCUUCUAGUUUUCUAACAUCCAUUGCUUUACGGCACAAUACAGUCCAACAAAGUCAAGCAUUCUUCGGCAAUGCCCAUUCAGCAAAGGAAAUCACGGCAGGAUAUCUUCCUUUAGCCUUUCCCUAUUUGUUAACUCAUUAUUUAAUAUUUUCUUGGUGUAAUCACGUUUCUUAUUAAAUUAUAUGACCAGAACCUUAAUCAUUAAGUGUCUU